AUGGCGCGCUCCAAAGAACUUCAUCGUCUGAAGUGCAUUCUCCUCGUUCCUUUCUUCCUUGUUCAAGCAGUGCUUUACAAAUCGCCUAUUCCUCUGGCAGUUAAUUCAUCGUCUGCGGCUCGUCAUGUCCAGUUGGCUGCGAUAAUCGACGGCCACAAAGUUGUACACCUUGUGAAUCCGGAUGCUUCUGUAAAAACGGUGGCGGGAGAUACAGGGCUGGGCGCUGCUCGCAAACCCAGCCCACCUGGCUGCCUCGAAAACGAACUGCACGAAUCCUUCUGUAGGCAGAUUGAAAUGCACCUUGUUUCAGGCUUGGUAUUCUUGAACUCAACAGAUUGGCGAAAUUCUGACUGUGUACGAUUUGAUGAAUGUCCUGCGUUCUACAAAGAAGCCGCUGAGGCCUCUGAAGAGACAACGACAGAGACAGUCACUACCGUUUCCGAGUCAACGAAUACCGACGAAAAAGGUCUUGUAAUCACAAGUGCUCCUAUCAAUGUCUCUGGUGAGGCACGAGCCUACACACUUUCAACAUUUAUAGAAGUGUCUUCACUGUGUCCUUCUGUGACGAUGGAUGUUGGUGGAAGAUCCUGUGCAACAGAUGGAGACUGUCCAGUGGAGCAGAUCUGGCUUCAGAAAACAAUGAGCGAAUUCUAUCCGACACCUGGUAGAGAUGCCAUACUACCACCUGGUGCAGCCGCAACUGGUGCAGCCACCGUACUACCAGAGACAAAUCGCUGUAGUGAUCCAUUGAAAAACUAUCUGAAUUGUGGAACGAAGUGUCCUGAAAAUGUUAUUGUGGUUUUCCAGUUGGAUGUUAACGAUCUCAAUCCGUCUGCAACCUGUAGUCUUGCAUGUGUGUCAGGCUGCUUUUGCCGGUCCCCUUACAUUCUUGUGGACGCUAAGGAUCCAAUGGACCCCUUAACGCGGUGUGUGCUACCAUCAGAAUGUGAACGGAAGUGCAGUGAUCCACUUAAGGAAUUCAUCGUCUGCGGCUCGUCAUGUCCAGUUGGCUGCGAUAAUCGACGGCCACAAAGUUGUACACCUUGUGAAUCCGGAUGCUUCUGUAAAAACGGCUUGGUAUUCUUGAACUCAACAGAUUGGCGAAAUUCUGACUGUGUACGAUUUGAUGAAUGUCCUGCGUUCUACAAAGAAGCCGCUGAGGCCUCUGAAGAGACAACGACAGAGACAGUCACUACCGUUUCCGAGUCAACGAAUACCGACGAAAAAGGUCUUGUAAUCACAAGUGGGUCCAUCUAUUUUUUUUGUUAA